AUGUUUGCAUGUUCAAGACGUUCAAGACAGCCAGGUUUGAAUGGGACAUCUCUGAUUGCUGCGUUAACGGAAUUCUUCGGUGGGAAGCCGGUGUUAGCCAAUACAGCUGGUCUUGGCACGCUUUGCGUUAAGUUGGAGUUUCGGGAUGCCAGAGGAGAAGAAGAGACAAUCAAAUUGCGAGUUGCCGUACCUUGCAUACCGUCACAGUUGGAGGAGUUUGGAAUCGUGAGGGAUUGUAACGCCGUCCAAAUAGUGGGUGGGUCGUGCUCAGAUGUCAGAGCUCUCCAGUUCGCGGUGUCUUUGCUCGGAGAGGCUUGGCAAAAUAUGCUUAUGAGUGCGGGCAUGGCCAGCAGACGGCAGCGUGAGGCCUGCAAAAAGGUUCUAUGGGACCUGGGUGUCAAUCUAUUCUCGAGUUGGAACGAAGGAAACAAGCCCGCUGAUAUGUCUCCUGAAGAUAUGACUAGCGUAGUCGUGCUUCCCCUAUUCGGGUGCGACCUGGCAUCCGAGCUGCCGCGAGUAAAGGAUAGUUGGAAAGUUGUAAAGGCAGAUGACUGGGUGGCGGACAUCUGGUCUGACUGGGUGGCGGACAUCUGGUCUCACUCAACAAACUCUUCGACGCGUUCGUGGACAAAGUCGCUCCGUGAAAUUUGUACGAUAGUGCUGGGAGCCGUUGCCGCGGCCACGAUCGUGGGUGCGAACUUGCCCGAGUAUGUGGACAUGUUGUCUCUCUUUGAUGAUGAGAUACUCGAGCCCGCACCCCCGUCUUAG